GGGAUCGAUCGCAGAGGAAGCUUCUCAUUUCGUGGAGAUAAUCGACAACAGUUACGGCGGAACGUAACUCUUCUUCCCUCAUCGUCAUGAUUUUCCGUGUUACUCACUUUAUGCUGCACUCGCCCGUAAUACAUCCGAUUCGUUGUCUUAAUCGCGCACUAGUAUCAAAGUUCUGAAGCAAAUAAAUGCUUUCAUUUCCUCAUCUUGAAGAUGUAGAGUUUCUCUUCUUUUUUUUUACAUAAUGCGAAAUGUUAACGCGAGACUCAUAUAAUUUCGCGUGAUUACGGUGUCACGGUGUCCUUAAUAACUAGCGCUCAUGAUUUCUAUAGAUUUUGUUGAAGUUUUUUGUUGAAAGAAAUCAAAUGUGUGCAUAUAAUUUGAUACGUUUUAUCUCGCUUGCUUUCAUCACUGUGAUGUAACGUUUCAACUACUGCAACGUGUAUAUUUAAAAAAAAAUUAGCGAUUAGUAUGAAAUACUUUCACACUUUCGCUUUACACAUAUGGAUCAAUCAAUUUUCUAAAUUUCGCAUUAUUACAUGUUUUAAAUAUUAUUUAUAUAAAUGUAAAUACACGUAUAACUAAGAAACAAAGGUUUAUAAUAUUCCACCGUUGAUUGAUUAUUUUUAUAUUCUCUACUUUUUUUUCUUUCGAAUUUUUUACGAAAUUAAUAAAAAUAUUAUCAAGAAGAUGCUGAUGUUAUUAAAGGGAUUUUAUGAGUUACAAACGAGAGAAAACUGUAGAAACAUAAAAUUUUGCUUUCCUAAAUUGUUUAAAUAUUUUAUCAAAUGGAUAAAGAAUUUUACAAGAAUAAUUAUAUUCGGUUUACUGCGUAUUCAAACCUACUUAUACUCUGCUAUUGUUCGUGAGGUCGGAAUCGGAUGAAAUAUUACGGAGAAUGCAUAUAACUGUUCGUACAAGAGAGCUUUUUCAAUCCGUUAAUUUCUGUGCAUUAUCCGCAGGAUUCGUAGACAACUCGACAAUAUGUACGAAAUGCAAAAAAUUGAACAGAGCAAAUGCGACACUUGUUAAUUUCUAACCGGUGAAACUUUGCAAAUUAUGCAUGCAUUGUAACAAAACUUGGAAUCGAAGAAACAAAAAUAAUUAACGAAUUAUUUUGUAAUGCAAACUCACUGAAACCUAACUUUUGCAACGUCAAUGCAAAAAACUGGAUAAAUAAAUAACCAAGGUAAAUACGCUUUACUUAAUCGAUCAAAAAAUUAUUCCACUAUUUCGGAAGGUGUGAUAAUGAUAAGUAUCGAAAUUAACGGAUACUAAUUUGGUGGAAUUUUGACAAAACAAUAGCGAACUGUUAAACGCAAGUCGAAGUCCGGCAUGAUGCCGAUUCUUCAUUGAAUAGUGAGUGAUUGUGCGAAAACUAUUCAGACCCACUAUACCAUACGGCACAUUUGAUAAGAAGAAAAAGCUACUAUCGAAUCCAGAAUGGAUUCCUGCGGCUGGACGCGAAUGGGGAACGAGGAUGGCGAGGGGUUGACCGGUGCGGACGCGGCCGCCUCUUGGCAGCAGUGUUACACCUGGUGCACACCGUACUCGCAUCCGCACCCCCACCAUCACCCACAUCAUCCCCGUCAGUAUCAGGGUAAUCAGUAUCAGCAAUUGCCGGGAAGCACCUCCGCCGCGACGAACGCUUCCACCCACUACCCAUCCUCUCAGCAGCAUCAUCUGCAACUACAAAACGCCCAGCCGCCGCCGCCGCCUCUGGACCAACAACAGCACCUUCACCCUGUUAGAGGACAGAGCGGGCUUAGGAGAACCGUUCCUUAUGACGGAUCAGGUGACCCCAUGAUAACAUCCUCUCUGAAGGGGAAACAAGGGAAAGAUGGGCCAGAGGAAAAGAAGGAUGCCGACGGCGAACUUUGGGGCAACGUGGAAGCGCAGGCUGCCUUUCUCGGGCCCAACCUCUGGGACAAAACUUUGCCUUACGAUGCCGACCUGAAGUACGUCGAUCUCGAUGAGUUUCUUUCCGAGAAUGGCAUCCCCGUCGACGGUGUGGCUGGCGGUGGACAGGGUGCCAUGCAAGGUAGCCAGCUUCAUAAAAUCAACAAUACCGAGGCCCCCGGGCAUCAGGGACCAGCGGGUCUACAUUUGGAACCAGUUACCAAGCGCGAGAGAUCACCAUCGCCGAGCGAAUGCUGCUCGCCGGACACCCUGAACCCACCCUCUCCCGCGGAUUCCAAUUCCGAGGACUCGUCACGAAUACAAUAUGGCUUGUCUCUUGUAGCGCUCUCGAUGGCCUCAUCGGGGCGAGACUUCGAUCCACGUACGCGGGCCUUUUCCGACGAGGAGCUCAAACCCCAACCUAUGAUCAAGAAAUCGCGGAAGCAGUUCGUUCCGGAUGACUUGAAGGAUGACAAAUACUGGGCGCGUCGUAGGAAGAACAACAUGGCAGCGAAGCGAUCGCGAGACGCGCGCCGCAUGAAGGAGAACCAGAUAGCACUCAGGGCCGGCUUCCUCGAGAAAGAGAAUAUGGGUCUGCGGCAGGAGCUGGAUCGGUUAAAAAACGAGAACAUGUUGCUACGCGACAAACUGAGCAAGUACACGGACGUCUAACACCCCCGUGGUCAGCUAUGCACCAGCUCGAGCGACACGCAAAGAGAGAGAGAGAGACGCGGACACGAGGGUGCAUCACGCCCAGUUACAACUCCCUCGCUUAUAGUCGCAGCAGCACGUAGCAAGCCUUCGCCUCCGCGGUGGAAGCGAAGGGGAUGCGGAGCAUGUUGACGAAUAACCACCAACUCCCGAAACCGACUGCCGCCGCCCUAAAAGCCGACAACAACCAACCUCCUCUCAGAAAAAUCUUCGAAGAUUCUAUUCUCCAUCAUUCUCUUUCUCUCUUUCUCUUACUCUCGAAUGAAAUUCUUAUUGAGUCCUCGCUCCUUGUCCUGCUCUAGAAAACUCCUCCAUUUGUAAAUAGUUAUAUGUAUAGUUAGAUUAUAUACACACAUACACACAUACGCGCGCGCGCGUUACAUAUAUGAAUAUAUAUAUAUAUAUAUAUAAACAUAGGACAUGUACGCGUGUAUAUAUAUAUAUAUAUAUAUAUACUCGUAUAUGUAUAUAUUUGAAGUAAAAAAAGAAAAAGAAUAUAUUAUUAUAUAUAUACACAAUACACAUGAGUAUGCGUUUGAGGAAGGAGAUGCGUUCGUUACACGUAAAUAAAUUCGCGCAUGCAGCGCGCGACGAGAUACGUCGAAUUCGCCGUAGCAUUCGGGACUUGUAGAUUUGCGCGGAACGAGCCAUAUUGGGACGAUAGGAUAGGAUUGAAUGAUCGAAGACGCGGAUAAGCUAUGAGAAUGAGAUUUUGGAAAAAUCGCACUUGUUCGGCGAAGAAGGGACGAAUCUCGUCGGCGCUGAGCACUGCCACACGUAAAGAGCUAGAUCGUUAGGUCGACAUGGAGCGGAGGCGAGCGAUGGUUGGGAGAACACGACGCUUUUCUGCGCACGGGUUAACUAUCCUGGUUCUCCGAGAACGCGUUAAUUACUGUAGCGUAUCCCACGUGGUGAUGGUACACAAGUGAUUCUAGUUGUUUUAAUCGAUAAGAUAGAUGAUAUACGUAUUUCGUUUUCAUCGUUUCUUUCCUCUCUCUCUCUUUCUCUCUAAAUCUAUAUCUACCUAUCUCUAAUCUCUCUUUUAGCGUGUAGCAAAUCAAUCCGGCCACGCGAGGAGUGCACAUGGAGUGCGCGGAAGGCGUCGCGUCGCGACGCGACUUCUAUCCCUUUUCUUCUUUCGUAAUAUCGCCCGCUGGCCCAAACGUCGGCGGCACGAACGAUGGACGGGCCCAUCAUCCCGAGAUGUCAUUUGUUGCGUAGCGAACAAACUUUUUGUACAGGAUGCCCUCUUGUAAAAUAUAUUUUAAGACGUAAUCGUGUUAUUCUGACGAGCGACUGUAUAUCUUUGACGGGGUUUAUCAACUUGAGACAAACGAAACGGAGACCGUGUCCGACGAUCGGAUCGCGUAGCCACCUCAAUCCAGAUGGGCGCGUGCAUCGUCGGGGUUUAAUCGUAGGCGUCGUCGUAAAAAGUAAAAACAUAUUACGUGUACACGAAGUUACGACCAUCGUGCUUAAAUGUAAGCUAGCUGCACAGGCUCGCGUGCACUGGCCCCAUCCAUCCUCCCCCCUCCCUCUCUUCCCCCCAUCCACCCUUCUUUUUAAGUUUUUAGAUGUUUAUUUUUCCAUCACCGUGAGAAUCGGUGACGGCGAUCGAGAGAGCGAAAGUGGAACCGAUGAGGAGAUAUGCGCUUUUUAUGAAACAGCUAUAAAAUUAUAGCUAUAGGGAGAGAAUCUAUAUUGUACAGAUCAACGCGAGAUUGAACGACACCGAUUAUUGCUCGUUGCAAAAUUUAGUGACAAUAAUAGUGACCGAUGUACCGAGCGUUUUUUCAGUAAUGCGAGCGAGUAACCAGAACGACGAGCGAGAUUUGUAAACCUAAUAUCGCCUCGAUUGAUGAUCUUAAAAAUAAUUACAAACGGCAGGGCGAAGCUCUUUCGUUCGAGAUUUGUGUACCGACGAUACGUAAUGGUCUUGAAUUUUUUUUUUUUUUUUUUCAUUUAACCGUAUGAGAGAAGCACUCGAUGCGCAAACGCGAAUCACGCGGACGUUCUGUACGUGUAUUUUAUCGGCCGAAAGAGAAUCGAUGUAACGAAAUUUCAAUUCGACUUUGAUCGACGGCAAAUCCGGUUCAACUAUCACAGGACAAUUUCGUCGACCGCGCGUGAAAACAUACACUGAAAGAAAUGGAAAGAACUACGUUGGAUCAUCGAAAUAAUUACGUUGCAUCGAAAAGAGAAUUUGAUAACUAUUGAGUAAAGUUACCAAAUUUUUUUUUAGUGCAAUGUAAUUAUUUUAAUGAUUUAACAUAAUUAUUUUCGUGCCUGUAUUUUCAGCAAAAUCGUUCCUUCAGUGUGUCGUUUUAUCCUCGCGAUAUUUUUCGAAUCUUUCGAGCGUGUUAUCUUAUUGUAUUAAUUAUCUUUCAUACAUACGAAUCAAAUUGAAUACGUAAUUGUAAUUUCGUCGGAAUCAUUUCGUUGCGGCCAGACUGCUAUAUAUUCGUGUACGAGUGCAAUGAUCCCGAAUGCUCGAUGCCUUACAUUUAUUCGAGUGAUUUGCCGAGAGUCGCGCACAAAAUCAUCCAAUUACAGUUUUUCACGAUUGCCUUGCACAUUCUAACAGAAAAAUGCAGCAUGUAUUUGUAAAUGAUGAAGAAUUUCGUGAUUUCCGCAACAUCCGCGUUUCCGCGCGAUAAAUUAUUAAAUCGAUACCUUGCGUCGGCAGAUUUAGAUUCGAACUUCGCCCGAUAGUAUCGCAUAGUAUAAUUUUAGUAGCGGCACAAAAUUUUAUUUUUCGAAAAUAAAUCAUAUCGUAUGUUAUCCGAUAAAAUACCCACUGCAUGGCUUGUUAAUCCGACGCAAUGAAUUAAACGGAAGUGUAGCGUGGCAAAUGCGUAAGUUGCGUGCGAAAAGGCGUAAUAGCGGAAGACAGAAUUUCGCGUUUGAUUGUAUACAAAAGUUUCUUACGUUAUUCUUUAAAGCGUAAUGUAGGCAGCAAGAAAGUUUUUUUUUUUUAGUUAUCCGCAAUAUCUAUUUGAAGUUUAACACGAGCCAAUAUCAGCUCGUAUGUGUUCUGCUUGUCACGCACACUCGUCGUCGUUAAGGGCAAAAUUUUAUAUAGAUUUUAGACAAGGAAAACGAUCUUUCUUCAUACAUACAAUUUAUUCGCGACGCGAAUUUUAAAAACGACUUGGAGUCGCAGAGAAUGUUUUUAUCAUGUUUUUUAAUUGAGAGUCGCUCGUAUUAGCGAUUGAGGAAAUUGAAGUGAUCUAUCUCCCGAUCAUUUUUUCAAAGCUAUUAAUGAUGCUGAGUGUGCGAUAUGACGUGGAUCUCGGCACAAGUUAUUGGCCUAUAAGAAGCGCGUUAGUAUGAUCGACACACAUCGCAAUUCGAUAAAUAAAAAUAGUAAUAAAUAAAAUAGUAGAGAGUUAUAUAGCAGCGCGAGAGACAGAGACGCGGCCGCCGGCUUUGCUCCAAAUAGAAUGGUAAGAAAAUGAGAUAGAGGACACCGCCGCGUCUUCGAUAAAUAAUUGUCCGAUCCACUUAAAUAAAAACAUGAAAAACAUGAGAAAAAUUAGAUAUGACCACCAACACAAGAAAACCUCUAUUGUAUCACAUUUCGAGAAAUAUAUGUAUUUGUUAUUGUUUUAAUUGAA